CGAACGUACUACUGCCGAGAGUAAUAGCAGUCCUUCCACCACUCAAAGUACUACUGCUGAAAGCAAUAGCAGCCCUUCCACCACCCAAACUCCUGCUGCCAGGAGUACCAGUGGCCUGUCCACCAGCCAAAUGUCUGGUGCCAAGAGUACCAGCAGCUUUUCCACCAGAGUACCAACUACUGCCAAGAAUGCUAACAGCACUUCCAUCAGCGAAACUACUACUGCCAACAGAACUAGCAGUCCUUCCACCAUCCAAACUACUACUGCUGAGACUUCUAGCACCCCUUCCGCUACCAAAACUACUUCUGCCAAGAGUACUAGCAGACCUUCCACCAGCCAAUCUACUACUGCCGACAAUACUAGUACCAGUUCCACCUCCCAAACUACUACUGCCGAGAGUAGUAGCAGCACUUCCAACACCCAAACUUCUACUGCCAAGAGUUCUAGCAGCCCUUCCAUCAGUGAAACCACUGCUGUGAAGAGUACCAGCGGCCAUAUCACCACCCAACCUACUAUUGCCAAGAGUACUACCAGCCCUUCCACCACCAAAACUACUACAGCCAAGAGUUCUAGCAGCCCCUCCACCUCCCAAGCUAAGACUGCCAAGAGUUCAACCAGAACUUCCUCUACCAAAGCUAUAACUACCAAGAGUACUAGCAGUCCUUCCACCACUCAAAUUAAUCUUUCCAGGAGUACCAGCGGCCCAUCCACCAGCCAAACUACUGCUGCCAAGAGUACUAGGAGUCCUUCCAUCUCCCAAACUACUACUGCCGAUAGAAUUAACAGUCCUUCUACCCUCCAAACUACUACUGCCGAGAGUAGUAGCAGCACUUCCAAUACCCAAACUACUACUGCUGAGUUUACUAGCAGCCAUUCCAUCACCCAAAGUACUUUUGCUGAGUGGACUAGCAGCCCUUCCACCACCCAAACUACUACUUCCAAGAGUACUAGCAUCCCUUCCACCAGCCAGGCUACUAUUGCCAAGAGUUCUAGCAGCUCUUCCUCUACCAAAAUUACUUCUUCCAAGAGUACCAGCAGCCCUUCCAUUACUCAAACUACUACUGCAAAGAGUACCACCGGCCCUUCCACCAGCCAAAUGUCUUCUCCCAAGAUUAGCAACGGCCCUACCACCAGCCAAACUACUGCUGCCAAGACUACUAGCAGCCUUUCAACUAUCAAAACCUCUACUGCCAAAAGUACUAUCAGCACUUCCACUACCAAAACUUCUACUGCCAGGAGUACUGUCAGAACUACCACACGUGUGGACUUCUCUGUUCCAGAGAUAUGCCUCCAUGGUGGAAUCUAUGAUGGAAUCAAGUGCAUCUGUAAUGAAGAUUUAUUCUACGGACCCAAGUGUGAGUUCCUCGUGGAUGCAAUUCCAGUCACUGAAUUAAAGGUGACCAUUACUGUCGAAGCUCAGGUGAAAGUUACUAACAGAGAAUACAAGAAAUCUCUGGAAGACUUAAGCUCUAAAUAUUCUCAGGAAAUUCAGGCUCAGUUUAAAAACCAGAUGAAAGAUGUUUAUAGUGCUGUCCCUGGAUACCUUGAUGUGGAGAUCUUUGGAAUGAGGAAUGGCAGUAUUAUUGUGGACCACAAAGUCAUCUUCCAAGCACAAAUAGAGAAUAAUGAGAAAAUGAUCCAGCAGCAGAUGGCAAAUAUUACAGAGGGAGUGAGGAAUUCCUUGGCAGAAAUCCAAAGUGAUGAGCAUUGUGCCAGGGAUUCAGGACCAGACCUAUGCUUUGUUCCUUUACCUAACUUAAUUAUUAAUUCAAGUUAUUCAUUCAAUGGCACCUGUGAAAAUAUUACUGAUCCGAAGUAUGCAGAUUACUAUUAUCCCCACAUAAUUGAGGGUACUGUGCGCUGUGUCUCAAGAUGUUUCAAAGGCGCUCAAGAUUACAUGAACUGCUUCAAUGGUGUUUGCCAAGUCUCUGAGAUAGGCCCCCACUGCAUUUGCAAUAAUUCCGAUGUGUUCUGGUACCUGGAUAGUUCCUGCCAAAUGCCUGUCCAAAAGACUGCCCUGGGCCUUGGUCUUGCCCUGUCUGUGCUUUUUGUGGUCAGUACCAUCCUGACUGUAUUCCUCAUCAGAAACAAGCAGAAGAAAUCUAAGAAGAGAUGGUUUGAUGAUGCUGAAGUCUGGUAUGGACAAGAAACAGAAGAAGAGUGGAUACCAUCUUCGAGCCUGACCAUCAUGAAUAAAUCAGCAGUUUCAUCCUGGAAUGAACAUCAAAAACAUAAUGAAAUCCUCAAACCAUCUUUCAGCUCAGUAGAUACUUCAAUAAAGUUACGUAUAACUGAAUGCAUUUUUCCAACAGAAAGCAGAUAA